AGGAUGCCCCCAAAGAGCAAAGGGAAAGGGAGAAAAGGAGUGAGGCAACAGCAGAAGAGACACAUAGGAGGUGAGUCUGGGGUCCCUCCAGCCAGCAGGAAUGUGCCUCUCAUGUCCCUCCCCUGCUGCUUCCCAGCACCAGUGGGGACUCCUGGAAGCGGGAGCUGGGAGCACUGGGAUGAAGACUUGCACUGUGGCCCCAUAGGACAGCUGGCUGCAGCUCUUGCAUCUCCCGCAGCCUGGCUCACCCUGUGCCACGGCAGCAGCACAGUUAUGCCUGAUGAGAUACAGGAGACAGAGGGGUCCAAAAGCCAAGCUGAAGAGAAGCACAGGAAAACAGCGCUGGAGGUUGGCAUGCAAAAAGAGCACCUGGUUCCCUGGAGGGACAUGACCUGGCAGGCAAAAGCUGACAAUGAAAGGCUCAAGUGGAGGCUGUAGGACCUGGAGAAGGCGCUGGAGCAGGCACGGGAAGACAAGCGAGACAUUCAUGAAGAAACAACCCGGCAAUACCCAGAGCUGCAGAAGCAGACAGCAGCCCACAGCCAGCACUUGGAGGAGAAGGUGAAGAGCCUGCAGGAGCAGCUCACCACUGGGCUCAGGGAGAGCCCGCAGACCCAGGAGAAUGCCAUCCAGGCACUAGCAGAGAGGGACAGGACCAUCGCCCAGCUGCAGAGCAGGCUUGAUGCCAUGGAAAGGGAGCAUAAGAAGAUCCUCCACGGUAGUCUGGACCUUGUGGUGGCCAAGAUGGCAGAGGCCAGCCAGCACUGGGAAAAGGUAGGAACGACCAUUGCCAUGGAGCACAAGGAGUGCCUACAGGAGUUUGGGCUCAACCCCCAGGAGUUAUAGCACCCUGGGGCUUCCGGGACCAGACAGGAUCUCAGCCCCUACCUCCCUAUCUGCACAUUUGGAGAGCUUCCCACAUCCACUGCCCAACACCUCAGCUGCCCCGGGCUAGGUAAGAGAAGAUGAGUCCUGUCUGGCCCUGAGAUGCAGUGCUGAGUCACAGUCCUCUCCAUAACAUUACUCACAUGAACAGCAGUGUGGAUUUGUCCUUUAAUCACACCCCAAAUGGGUGAUGCAGGAACAGUGCUGUGAUGGGUGGCAGACACUCAAUGCCCACAGGUUCAUAGGGAGGGUGAGAGGAGGAGCACAAGAGAGAUGUCCGUGCAGGGGCAGACCUCAGCCAACAGGCUGAAAGGUGGGGGGUUCCUCCAGUGCCCCAUUGGCCUCCGCUGCUCCUUUCCCCUUCACACAGCGGCCCGAAGACCAGCCCUGGGCUGAGCCAAGCCCCCUCAGGCUCCCCGGUCCCCUGGGUCAUGGUGUGGAGGGCAAUGCCUCAGGUCUCCUGGGAGCUCCUGGAGCCUGGAGGUGGGCAAGGGCUUCAGCGCAAUGUCCCUAGAUAACCCUGGAGGCAGCUGCGCAGGCAAAGACACAGGUCUGUCUUCAGGUUACAAGAAGUCACCACCACGGUUAAUAAAAGCUUGGAGACAGCCUCG